ACGCGCGUGCCCCGCAGCGCGCAGCCGCAGCGCCGCCAGCAUGCGCGCCGAGGCCCGUGGCGGCCUGGAGCGCUUCUGCAGCGCGGGCAAGGGCCGGGGGCUCCGCGCGCUGCGGCCCUUCCACGUGGGCGACCUUCUCUUCUCCUGCCCGGCCUACGCCUGCGUGCUCACCGUGGGCGAGCGGGGCCACCACUGCGAGUGCUGCUUCGCCAGGAAAGAAGGAUUGUCAAAAUGUGGACGGUGCAAGCAGGCGUUCUACUGCGAUGUGGAAUGUCAGAAAGAAGACUGGCCUCUACACAAGUUGGAAUGCUCAUCCAUGGUUGUUUUUGGAGAGAACUGGAAUCCUUCAGAGACUGUGCGGCUCACAGCACGGAUUCUGGCCAAACAGAAAAUCCACCCAGAGAGGACACCUUCAGAGAAGCUGCUGGCUGUGAGGGAGUUCGAGUCACAUCUGGACAAGCUAGAUAAUGAGAAGAAAGACCUCAUCCAGAGUGACAUCGAGGCUCUCCAUCAGUUCUACUCCAAGCACCUGGAAUUCCCUGACCACAGCAGUCUCGUGGUGCUCUUCGCCCAGGUGAACUGUAAUGGCUUCACCAUUGAAGAUGAAGAGCUCUCUCAUUUGGGAUCGGCGAUAUUUCCUGAUGUUGCAUUGAUGAAUCACAGCUGCUGCCCGAAUGUCAUUGUGACCUACAAAGGGACCCUGGCAGAAGUCAGAGCUGUACAGGAGAUCCACCCGGGAGACGAGGUGUUCACCAGCUAUAUCGAUCUGCUGUAUCCAACAGAAGACAGGAACGACCGGCUAAGAGACUCGUAUUUCUUUACCUGUGAGUGCCGGGAGUGUACAACCAAGGACAAGGACAAAGCCAAGGUGGAAAUCCGGAAGCUCAGCAGCCCACCACAGGCAGAAGCCGUCAGAGACAUGGUCAGAUACGCUCGCAAUGUCAUCGAGGAGUUCCGGAGGGCCAAGCACUACAAAUCCCCCAGUGAGCUGCUGGAGAUCUGCGAGCUCAGCCAGGAGAAGAUGAGCUCCGUGUUUGAGGACAGCAAUGUGUACAUGUUGCACAUGAUGUACCAGGCCAUGGGCGUCUGCCUGUACACGCAGGACUGGGAAGGAGCCCUGAAAUACGGGCAGAAGAUCAUCAAGCCGUACAGUAAGCACUAUCCCAUGUACUCCCUCAACGUGGCCUCCAUGUGGCUGAAACUGGGAAGACUGUACAUGGGCCUGGAGAACAGGGCUGCCGGAGAGAAAGCCCUUAAGAAGCCUGCUGUGUCGGGAGCCCGUUAUGGAGACCGAGUCACCCUCCUGAGAUAUGGAAUCUCCUCGGUGUUAACAGGACAGCGUGACUUCAGAGUUUCGCUUUGUAUAAAUAAAUACUGCAGCCGCAGACUAGCCCAGUCCCCACAUUUCCCAAAGCGUCUAUGGAGAUUGGAGACUCAGGGCCCCGCUAGGAUAAAGUGCCAUUGCCAUCAUGGAAGUAGCUCACGGCAAGGACCAUCCGUACAUCUCUGAAAUCAAGCGGGAAAUUGAGAGCCACUGACGCUGCAUCCCAGCUUUCCGUCAGAAACCUCACAGGACUUGAAUAUUUCCAACCUCACGGGUCACCCCAGCCUUCUGCAAAGCCUUGCCGCGCUGCGUUUCAGGUUCAUGCUCAGCUCUGACCUUAAAUUCAUUUCCAGUGCUUGCCUUUUCUCUAAGGGCCAUGGCAUGAUUUCACAUAAUAUAUAUUUUUGGGCAGAUUGAGCUUUGAAAAAUGCAACAAUUUUCCCUCUGUGCCUGUUGGAAUGCUCUGCAGAGCUGACCAAGGAGAGAAUAAAAACACCAGUCCUUGAA